AUGUCGCCAAAACAUCAAAUUUACUUGGAUCGUGCAGAAUUUGUUCGAUCAUUACUUAACGACACCACAACUGCAAACAUCCUUUUGCGCGUCGAUAACUUUCAUAUAUACGCUCAUACGACCAUUCUCUAUUGCGCUUCCGGAUUCUUUAAGAAAAUUUUCAAAAUAUUAGCUCAUAAAGACGAUGAGAGAAGAAUUGAAUACUUGUUUCAUGAUUACAGUUGCAAUAAAGAGAUUGCAAUCACCAGAUUGCAUGAAUAUAAAGGACAGGAAAAUGUUGAAUUGCUAUAUGAUAGAGUGGAUUUUCAGAAUUUUGUUGCUUUUAUAUAUGGAUAUCCGAUUAAAACAAACGAUCAAGAUCAAUUGUUUGUGCUCGCAUACUUGGCCUGUAAACAUAAAUUUGAUGUUCCAGAAUUGGUCGAUUUUUGUGAUAAUAUUUUAUAUAAAAUUUGGAAUGAACAACGUUGGCAUGUUAUCCUCAGAGUGAGCAAGUGGUUGGGUUUAAAGAAAUUGCGUUGCCGAGUAUUGCAAUACGUUUACAACCGAGGCGAACUGAUGUUUCAAGGUCAUGCAAAGAAAGAUUUGGACGAACGAGAUUGGCAAAUCAUGUUCGUUCUUAGCAAUGGAAAGGAUCCUCUGUUGGUUAUCGAUAGCAUUCUUGAUGGAACGUAUGACGACCCUCAAGAGAAUUUUUGUGAACCGAGAAAAGAAAACUAA